CAUGGUGACUACUCAUUUUCACACCGACACCCUUCCGCUGCUUAUUUAUGAUGCUGCUUGCUUGCGUUUCUCCAAGUUCAAACCAACCUUCAACCACUUCCCUUUUAGUCUAAGAGGAGAUGAGUUCCCCGGUAUUCAAUAUCCCAAGAUGGACACCUAGUACAAGUCCUACGAGAUCACCCAAGUAUAACCAUGAACCACCACCACCACCACCACCACCACCACCACCACUACUCAACGCAGAGGUUAGAGACGACGGGGACUCUGAGAGCUUUGCCUCCGAGUCUGAGAGAGGUAACACUUCCUACAAUUCCACCGACAAGCUCUUCCCUUUCAGUAUUUCAUUUUUCAAACCUGAGAUCAGCCACCCGGAUGAGUGCGUGAAGGGCCCAACAACCUUACCUGUUGGAAAAAAAGGGAUCCAGUUUCAAGCUGAGAUGCAAACCAUUUCCCUGAGAAACCAAAGUCAGGGUGGAGGAGGAGGAGGAGAUAAUAGUAUUAGUAGUUAUGUUGGAUCAGAGGAUCUACUGAAUGGAAAUGGUGUCUACUUGACAUGGGAGGACAUGUGGGUGACAGUCUCCAAUGGGAAAGGUGGAUCAACACGAGCAAUCCUCAAGGGGCUCACCGGAUACGCUCAACCGGGUGAGCUCUUAGCCAUCAUGGGUCCCUCUGGUUGCGGAAAGUCCACACUCCUCGAUACCUUGGGAGGACGUCUUGGUUCAAACACAAGGCAAUCAGGAGAAGUGCUUGUCAAUGGCCGCAAUCAAGCUCUAGCGUUUGGGACUUCGGCAUAUGUGACUCAAGACGAUACAUUAAUGACCACAUUAACGGUGAGAGAGGCCAUAUUCUACUCAGCCCAGCUCCAACUGCCCGAUUCGAUGUCACUAUCUGAGAAGAAGGAGAGAGCAGAGACAAGCAUUAAGGAGAUGGGUUUGCAAGAUGCCAUGAAUACAAGAAUAGGAGGGUGGAGUGUGAAAGGACUUAGCGGGGGCCAAAAGAGGAGAGUGAGCAUUUGCAUAGAGAUCUUGACUCGACCAAAGCUUCUCUUCCUCGACGAACCCACGAGUGGGCUCGACAGUGCCGCAUCAUUCCAUGUCAUGAACAGAAUCGCCAAACUAGCCCGGCAUGACGGAAGGACUGUAAUUGCUUCCAUCCAUCAGCCCAGCACUGAAGUCUUUGGGCUUUUCGACAAUCUUUGUCUUCUCUCCUAUGGGGCAACUGUUUUCUUCGGCCCUGCUUCUCUAGCCAAUGAGUUCUUCACUGAAAAUGGAUUCCAAUGCCCAACUUUGAUGAACCCAUCAGAUCACUUCCUCAGAACAAUCAACAAAGAUUUUGAGCAGGACAUCGAACAAGGCCAUGGUGCCAAGACUAUAACCACCGAAGAAGCCAUUAAAAUCCUUGUAAAUUCAUACAAGACUUCCGAAACAUACCAGAAAGUUCAGAUAAAGGUGUCUCGGUUACGCAACAGGGAAGGAGCAGUGGUAAAGAAGGGGAGCCAAGCAGGAUUCCUCACUCAGUCUCUGGUUCUCACAAGAAGAUCCUGUGUGAACAUGUUUCGUGAUCUAGGCUAUUACUGGUUGCGGUUUGCCAUCUACAUUGCACUGUGCUUAUGUGUGGGCACAAUCUACUAUGAUAUUGGUCACACUUAUGGAUCUAUUCAGGCAAGAGGUUCAAUGCUCAUGUUUGUAGCUGCAUUCUUAACAUUUAUGGCUAUUGGUGGAUUCCCUUCCUUUGUCGAAGACAUGAAGAUCUUUCAACGGGAGAGAUUAAAUGGGCACUAUGGUGUGGCCGCGUAUGUUGUUGGCAAUACACUCUCAUCCGUUCCUUACUUGAUUAUAAAUUCUCUGAUCCCCGGGGCACUUGCUUAUUAUCUUGUUGGUCUUCAACGAGGAAUUGAACACUUUGCCUACUUUGCCUUGGUGCUGUUCAUAUGUAUAAUGUUGGUAGAGAGUUUAAUGAUGAUCGUCGCGAGUAUCGUACCCGAUUUCCUUAUGGGUAUUAUUACUGGAGCUGGAAUUCAAGGAGUGAUGAUGUUGAAUGGUGGUUUCUUUCGGUUGCCUGAUGAUCUCCCUAAACCUGUUUGGAAGUAUCCCAUGUACUACAUUGCUUUCCAUAAGUAUGCCAACCAAGGAUUCUAUAAAAAUGAGUUCGAAGGUUUAACAUUUCCUAAUAACCAAGCAGAAGGAUCAUCCACCAUCACAGGAGAUGAAAUUUUGAGAAAUAUAUGGCAAGUAGAAAUGGGAUACUCUAAAUGGGUUGAUUUUGCAGUAUUGUUUGGUAUGGUGGUUCUGUAUCGUCUCAUUUUCUUUGGUAUUAUUAAGACCAUUGAAAAGGUUAAGCCAAUUAUCAGAGGUUGGUUGGCUGUUCCUCCUAAGGAAACAACACAUCUAGUGGUGGAUUCCUAAACAGAGAGAGAGAGAGAGAGAAAUAAAGAUGUAAUCAAAUGUUGCUCUCUAGUUUUGUAAUAUAUUGAGGGUGUCUUCAACGUUUGGGUAGCUACCUACUUUGUAAAGAGGAUCAUAUAUGAACAACUCGUUCUUGUGGAAA